CCACCUCCUACUAAUACUCGCACAACAUCUUGGAUUCGCCUCGAAAUCAUCUGCGAUAACUACUUAGCAAUGGCGCCCGUCCGUCAUCCUGUCGCAACGUCCACUCGCUCUGGUCGCUGCGCACAGCCUCGCCCGCCAGUCUCGCAAACGUUUGUGAAUGCUCACCCCGAGCUGUGUCUCGCGCCCCGCCUCGGACCUGUGCCUCUCCCACCGGAACCCCAGAAGGACCGUCAGCAUCCUGCACACAUCUCUUACCCAACUGCAUACAUACCGCCGCACAUGGGUCGUGACGGACGCGGCAAUGGAGGGGCAUCUUACGGUCAGUCUGAAUUUAGAGGUCAUGUAACGACUGCUCCUUCGGUAAACCCGACACCGGUUCACUACCAGUCUGCACACGCUCCAGUCCCCGUUGUCAGACCGCCUCCGCCUCCCUAUUCGACUACUGGAUACCAUGUCGCGACAAACGCCGUACCAUUAUCUCAGGCAGUGCCAGUCCCCGUUCCCAAGCCGCGUUACUCCACCUCUCCGCCGACACCGACUGCGUCUCCUCCUCGUCCCGCAGUUUCUUCUUGGCGCAAACGCACUUCUGCGGACAACGCGCAGCACGGCGCCUUUCCAACUACGUGAAGCUCAGGGCAGCUGCGACUGUGCAGCUCGCAUUUCAACUGAACCUGUUUUAUCCCCACUGUCGGGAUGCUCGGUGGGCUCUCUGCUCGUUGGUUGCCGCUCAGGAAAUCGCGGAAGCGUUAUUAUGACUUGACCCGCGCACCGGAAUUCGAUCCGGCCAACUCAGUGCCUCUCAUGAAGAGAGCACUUUGACCGCCCCCUUUUGUCCGCGUAGGAACGUAUAACCCAAUUAGGAUUGAUUCAAUUGGUCUUUAUUUUCCAUCGCCCCUGUCUCCUCUUGUACAGUUAUGUUGAAGUCUGACAAUUUGCUGAAGGAGCUCAGGACUAUAAAUACUCCUACAUGAAAUGUCAUCCCACCGAGUCAUAUUCAAUCUUCCUUCCUCCACGUAGGCACUAGGAAUAUUUUGCCUUGUUUCUUGACUCAUUGCUUGUUUCGGUCCCGAUAUUAUGUACACAUUGAUGAUGCUGUGUUAUUGAAUCCUGUGCACCGUGUGCACGCGGUUUUUGCCACCCCGUUCCC